AUUAUGGUAUGCACUCACUUCUUAAUAACUCGAUUAGAAGAUCUUAUAAUUUAACAAAAUCUAAAUAAGAAGUUCUUAUCCAAUCCACCGUGCACGCAACUAGAUUCAGUUUCUUACAACAGAAAUUAAUUACAGACACUAAGAGUGUUUUUUGGUGAAAUUUUACUCUUUAUUAAAACCUCAAAUUCCCUAAUGUUGUAUCGUUCCGCGCCUAAUAAAUAAAUCUGUUGACAUUGGAGUUUGGCGGUUGAUACCCCAAAAACCCCUAAGGACUUCUGCGCUACAAGUUUACGACUUGACUAGACCUCAUUCAUCCUGGGUAAUUGUAUGGAGAACGAGGGCAUCGUGCCUGUAAGUAACGGAGUUAUAGAAUUCAACAUGGGUAGCAAACCUUUGGAUGUUUAUUAUUUUUCCCCAAGUCCGCCCUCCAGGGCAGCUUUGCUAUUAAUUAAAGCACUCGACUUGGAGCAUAAUAUUAAAAUUAUAAAUAUUAUGGCUGGGGACCAUAUGAAACCGGAUUUUUUGAAGUUGAAUCCCUUACACACAAUUCCGGUAAUAAACGAUAAUGGUUGGGUGCUUUAUGACAGUACGGUUAUAAUGAAAUAUUUGGUUGACCAAUAUGGAAAGGAUGAUUCUUUGUUUCCAAAGGAUCCUAAAAAAGGCGCUUUAGUUCUACAGCGGUGUUUAUUUACCGCAACUUACUUGUUUCCAAAGUUUGUAGAGUAUCAUGCACCAACAUUAUUCAGUGGUGCCACCCCAUCAGAGAAGUCCUUAAAGGUUUUGGAAGAAGUCUUACAAAACCUAAACAAUUUCCUUGAUAACCAAAUGUACGUGGCAGGCGAAAAUAUGACAAUUGCCGACUUUGGUACUAUAACCAUCAUAGCAACAAUUGAGGCCUGUGGAUCUGUUGACAUAACCCAGUAUCCCAAUAUAUGGCUGUGGUACCAGAGAUGCAAAAACACCAUGAAACCAUUUGGUUAUGAGGAAGUUAAUCAGGAGGGUGCUAAUAUAUUUGGACAGACAUACAAGAAACAACUUGCUGAGCAUAGUAAAUGAAUAAAUAUUAUUGUUAGUUAGUUAUCUUAUUUAGUUUUCCAAAAAUUGUUUGCAAGUGGGUUGUGAAAUAUUUUUAAUUUAGGUUUUUGGUUAAAAUAUUUGCCACUUUAUAGCAUUACACGCCGUUUAUUCCUGUUUGUCAACCACUUUGUAUUAUAGGCAAUAAAGAUGAAAUAAACUUUAAAAUUUA